UUAGAAUCUCAUCAAUUGAUUAUCAAUCAACAUCGAGUUGAUUAAGUUCGAUCAAAAAAGCAAUCAUGAAUUUGUUAUGUUUAACUUUUCUUUUCUCGUUAACUGUUGUUUACAGUUUACCUUAUCCUGGGAAUCAACAACGAGUCCGUACUCGCAUUGAGAGUAUUCGAGAUUUUGGCAUUUUCGAUGAGUUGGAUGGCUUUGACGAAGACCGACGACCAUUUGGUAGCUUUGAAGGUUUCAUUGACAACGAACAUGGAUUUGGAGGAAAACGUGAACGAUAUGGACGCAACGACGACGAUGAACGGCCAUAUGAUAGAUAUCAAAGCCUUGAUGGUUUCAGAAGUAAUCGACAUGAGCUCGAUGAUGAUGAUGAAGAGUUUAAUGGAAAAGAUGACCAAUAUGAACGUGAUGAAGACUAUCAACAACCUCAAGUACCUCUAAAUAACAUCAUUGUUGUUCUACCACAACAAUCAGCUUCAGCUUUAGCUCCAGCUCAAGGGUUUCUCCCUUUUUUCCAACCAAGACCACAAGCUCUUUCACCAUCAAGCUUAGCUGCUCCAUCUUUCACUUCACAUUUAGUAUCUACUGGCUUGAAUCCAACAUUUGUAGCCUCAGUUCCAGUGGUUUUCGAGCAAGCCCCAAUAUCAUCCGACUCAGUACCAGCACCUAAAAAACCAUCAAUUUUCGAAGACGGUCCAUAUUCUGUCGCUACCGCUCAUGUACCUAGUGAGUCCGAAGAAGAAUCUACAACAAUAGCCCCAGUAUCUUCCGAAAAACCAACAGUAUCUGAUUCAGCUAAAAGACCUUCAUUCUCGACCCCAACAAUCUCAGUUCCAGUAGCUAUUGACUCAGUACCAGCUCCUAAAAAACCAUCAAUUUUCGAUGAUGGUCCAUAUUCUGUCGCUACAGCUCAUGUACCUAGCGAGUCUGAAGUAACAUCAACAACACCAGCUCCAGUAGCUGUCGUUUCAGUCCAAGUAUCAAGCGAACCAUCAACAUCUACAAAACCAGCUUCAGUAGCUCCUGAAGAAGAACCAGUAGCGGUCGUUUCCGUCCAGGUACCCUCCGAUUCAGCACCAACAUCAACAACACCAGCUCCAUCAUCUUUGAUAUCAUCGGAGAUUCUCCCUCCAAGCUCCGAACCUAAACCCGAUCGCUUAGGACCUGGACCUCGACAUGAUCCUUUAGGACCUGGACCUCGGCCUCACCUUGGGCCUGGACCUGGACCUCGACAUGAUCCUUUAGGACCUGGACCUCGGCCUCAUCUUGGGCCUGGACCUGGACCUCGACAUGAUCCUUUAGGACCUGGACCUCGGCCUCAUCUUGGGCCUGGACCUGGACCUCGACACGAUCCUUUAGGACCUGGACCUAAACUUGGACCUCGACCUUGAGCUAAACUCGAUCACUCAGGAUUCGGAUCUCCAUCACCAAAUCUCUAAGCUCUUGAAUCUAAGUCAUUGUAUCAAAGAUUUUAUCUUAGAUGAAACUAAGAAUCUUGAAACUAUUAAAAAAUAAAUUUUAAUAUUCA